AGGUCGACUGAGUGUGCUGCACGCGGUCCUGGGAAAGCCCCUGAGCUCCAUCUUGUCCGAGUUCAAACCACCUGAAGUUUCACCUGAACUCUCAGAGCUGCUGCAAGUGGGCGACGUCAAGUACCACCUGGGUACCCGUUCCACACUCGAGUUUGAAAGCAACCAGGUGCAAGUGUCGCUACUGCCCAACCCCAGCCAUCUGGAGCUCGUGGAUCCGGUCGUGGUGGGCAAGGCCAGAGCCAAGCAGCUCUUCACCAACGACUCCUCCAGGCGCUCCGUCAUGGGUCUCAUUCUGCACGGAGAUGCAGCCUUCAGUGGCCUUGGCCUCGCUCCUGAGGUGCUGCAGCUGUCAGACCUACCAGAGUACACAACGGGCGGCACGAUCCACGUGAUCAUCAACAAUCAGAUCGGAUUCACCACCGAUCCGAAGCUUGCUCGCUCCUCCCCCCACCCCUCUGACUUCGCCAAGGCAGUGGGGGCGCCCAUAUUCCAUGUGAACGCCGAUGAUCCCGAGGCAGUGGCUCACAUCUGCUCCCUCGCUGUCGACUGGCGCCAGACAUUCGGCAAGGAUGUGGUGGUGGAUCUCGUGUGCUACAGGAGGCAUGGCCACAACGAGCAGGACGACCCACGAGUGACACAGCCCCUGAUGUACUCUCUAGUAGACUCCCACCCGCCAUGCCUUCAGCUGUAUGCCUCGCGGCUCAUGGCAGAGGAGGUGGUUACAGCGGAGGAGAUCGCCAGCUGGCAGGCUGACGUGGAGGCUGAGUUUGAGCGUGCGUUUGAGAACACCAGCAAGCAACAAGUGUCGCCACAGGAUUGGCUUGCUGCCAACUGGCAAGGGGAGGCGCUUGGAUCGCUGGUGAGUCAGCGCAAGGUGCAGCCCACUGGCCUUCCCCUCAAGACCUUGCAACGCGUGGGGGAUGUGCUCUGCACUGUACCACCGGACUUCACCUUACACCCUCAGGUGGCAUUGCUGCUGGAGAAUCGCCGCAAAAUGAUGGCAACUGGGGAAGGCAUCGACUGGGCCAUGGCAGAGGCUCUUGCCUUCGGCUCGCUUCUUCUGCCGUUUGACCCGUCUCUGAACCAGACGGCAGACAGCAACCCCACCCAUGCGGUGCGGCUGAGCGGGCAGGACUGUGAGCGCGGCACCUUCAACCACCGCCAUGCCGUCAUGCAUGAACAGACCACGGGGCAACGAUACACCCCUCUGCAGCACGUGGCUGCAGGACAGGAGCGAUUCAUGGUGUGCAACUCGAGCCUGUCAGAGGCAGCAGUGCUGGGCUUCGAGUACGGCUUCAGUCUGGAGAACGAAAAUGCCCUUGUGUGCUGGGAGGCGCAGUUUGGGGACUUUGCGAACAACGCGCAGGCGAUAAUAGACAACUUCAUAGUGAGCGGGGAGGACAAGUGGAUGACCCCCACGGGCCUUGUGCUGCUGCUGCCGCACGGCUUUGACGGCCAGGGCCCCGAACACUCCUCCGCCCGCCUCGAGAGGUACCUUCAGCUGGUGAACGACGAUGCCGACCACCUUCCCGGCUACAGUCCGCACCUGGCCGCCCAGAUUGAGGCGGGGUUCACCAUAGCCGACCGCGACAACAAAGGCCACGUGUCGCUCUCUGAUUUGCUGGAGUUCAUGCAGUCGCAGUACGGGCUGGGCCACGACUACGUGACGGCGCUUGCCCACCAGAUGCACAUCGACGAAUCAAAUCAAAUCUCCAAGGCGGACUGGGAGUCAUUCAUGGUGAGGUGGAUGAGGCGCAAUGCACAGAGGGACAACAACGUGUGUGUCGUCAACCUCACCACGCCCGCCAAUUACUUCCACGCCCUCCGCCGCCAGGUCAAUCGGCAUUUCUCCAAGCCCCUCGUCGUCAUGUCCCCCAAGUACCUGCUGCAUCACAAGCCAUGUGCAUCACCUCUCAGCCAUUUCACAUCCGGCACAUUCUUCCAGCCAGUGAUAGCGGAUGGAGACAUAGGAGACAACAUGCGGCAUCUGCAUGCUGACAAGCUGCUGCCGCCCGGCGAGAUGAAACGCCUUGUGCUAUGCUCAGGGAAGAUCUACUACUCGCUGGCGCACGCCAGGAGGGCGAGGAAGCAGUGGGAGGUGGGGCUGAUGCGCAUAGAGCAGCUGGCGCCCAUGGCGGUGGACCAUGUAGCACGGGUCAUCAACAGCCACUCUGCUGCUGAACUCGUGUGGGCACAGGUGGGUGCUCCUCCCCUUCUUCCCCUCCUCUUGGCUCCCUCUCUUUGCUGCCCUCCACUUGCUCCCCCUCUUUGCUCCUCCUCGGGGUUGAUGCGCAUAGAGCAGAUGGUGCCCAUGGCCGUGGACCACAUGGCACGGGUCAUCAAUAGCCAUUCCAACGCUGAACUCGUGUGGGCGCAGUCAGCUGCGGCCAGCAAGACCGGCAGAUACGGUCGAUCCCCUUCCGGUUCCCGCGACUCUCCCCUUGCGCCCUCCCGCUCCGACCAGCCCAGCUGGCGCUCCGCCGCCGCCGCCCCUCCCCCGCCCGCGGGGCCAGGAGCGGCGGGAGCAGGCGGAGGGGGGAGCACGGGAUGGGGAGACAGCGCGGACGGCGGUAGAUCUGCGGGUGGCGCAGCUCCCGGGGGAGCGUGGGCGCGGGGCGGACCGGGGAAGAACGACAACGCUUGGGGAAGGGGAGGUGGCGCUGGCGCGCCUGGCGGAGCCCGCGGGGGACCUGGCGGAAAUCCGUGGCACACGGGCGGGGGCGGGGUGGGUGUGUUGACCGGCGCGUGGCAACAGCCGCUGCAGCACCUGCAGCAGCCGGCGCCGCCGCCUCUGUCGCAGCAGCAGGCGCAACUGGACCAGGCGCAAGCGGGGAAGGGCGCGCGAAAAGGGGACGGCGGGGGCGCGCUUGACAGAGCGGGGGAGAGUGCGAAUGGGGGGAGCGCGAACGGGGGGAGCGCGGGAGAUGCGAGCGUGGGGGCAGCGCGCGCGGGGGGACGGGAAUGGAUGGUGGCGGUGAGCGCGUGUUUGAUUGGGCAUGCGGUGGAGGUGCAACUGGUGCAGGGCGACUCGUACUCCGGCAUAUUCCACGCUGCUAACGAGGAGGACUAUGGCGUGGUGCUCAGGAUGGCGCGGCUGGUGCGGCAGGGAACGGGGCCGCAGAGCACAGAGACGCCAGCGGUCAGGGACGCUGCCAGGAAGCCUCCGGUGAAAACGCUGGUGGUUCCAGCUGUCGACCUCGUACAGCUGAUCGCCAAGGACGUCCCACUGUUCGGAUCCGACCUGCUGGCCUCGUCUCUUGCAGCCAACGGGGAAAUCAGAACAGACAGCAGCAUCGGAAGCAUGCUCACCAACGCACGGGGCAGCUGGGGGGGCGCAGGGGGAGGCGCAGGCGGGGAGGGGCGGGAGCUGCAGCGGUGGGCGCCGGAGGGAGGGGAGGAGGGGAUGGGUCUGGACGAAGAUAGCUACAGAAGCAGCUCCAGGGCGUGGGACCAGUUUGAGGCAAACCGCAAGUUGUUUGGCGUGGAGACAUCAUUUGACGAGGCCAUCUACACGACUCCGCUGGUGCGGCCGUCCCGGGAGCUGCAGGCGCAUGCUGAGCGGAUCGCACGGGAGAUUGAGUCGCAACCCAGCAGGAACAUGCACACUGCUGAGGAGCGGGGCUUCCAUCUGCGCAAUGCAGCGCGCACACUGGCAUCGGCAGUCAAGGCCGCGCUCGCCUCGGAUGACCCAUCUGCUGCUGCUGCUGGGGGCCUGGGCGGCAAUGCGGACAGUGCGUGGGACGAUGAUGAUGAUAUUGACGAGGAGACCAAGUACUCUUCGGUCAUACGAGCCGCCGCUGAUCUGGACAGUGGAAUGGACGACGAGGUGGAUGAUGCACCCUUGCACUCUUACCAUACCACACCAUCCGUACCACCCACCCAUGCACUCAUGCCCUGCAGCGCUGAUCUGGACAGCGGAAUGGACGACGAGGUGGAUGAUGCCAACGAUGAGACCUUCGGUGAUGCCGCCCCCACCACCGUGCAUGGCACUGUACGUCAUUUGGGGGUGGGGGUGGGGCGAAGGGAGAGGCAGGCGCCCCCCUUGCUGCCUACUCCAGGUGUCUCAUCUGAAUCCGCUGCCAAAAGCGCUCCAGGCGAAAGCCAGAAACAGACAGAAGUUGCCGCCCCAGAAGCUGCAGGCGAGGGCGAGAAACGGACGAAAUCUGCCGCCCAAACGACUGCGGGUGGCAGCAGUGACGAGACGGAGAGGGGAGAGAAGGUGAAGCAGGGGAGUAGUGGAACCGAGGAAAAGGAGGAGGAAGGGACAAAGGGAGCAGCAGAGCGCGGGAAAGGGGAGAGGAAGGAGGGCGAGAAAGACGGAAAGGAAGGGAAGAAAGGGAAGGAAGGGAAGGAGGCGAGGGAGGGGAAGGCGGCAGUGGGGGCAUCACGGUCAUCAUCAGCAUCAUCCACAUCGUCUGCCAGUGGUGCCAGUGGCGCCAGCGGUGCUCUCUCCGCCUCUGACCUGCCCUCCAUCCCCUCGCACCCGCGCCUGCGCAUGCACCCCCGCCGCCUCGUGAAGGCGGCAUCAGGAGGGCUGUUCCAGGUGCACGGCACUGGCAGUCCGUCCCGUCGCUCGCCCCUCAUGUCACCGCUGCUAACAGACGCCCCCGCCAACCUGCAGGCGCUCAACCUCGACCAGAGCGUGCCUCACUUAUCCGAUGAUGUGUACCGCGAGUUCCAGGAGUUCAAGCAGAGGAGCCGGCGCAUGCGCGACGAGGCGGAGGGGGUGCGCUCGUGCAGUGACCUGCUGGGCAAGCAAUUCGAUUCGCGUUCACCUGUCUCUUCGUGUCGCUCCUCUGGUCGCAACACGCCCACCUACCUAGAGAGCUCCCACUCCUCCCCGGACCUGAAGCCCUUCCUAGCAUCUGCAGCUUCAGCACUCCUCUGCUCCUCCUCCUCCGCAGCUGUCUCCUCCGCUGCCGCUCCUGCCACGUCAUACCGCUCCCCGUCGCCGUCCAACCUGGCGCGCUCGAACUCGCAUUCCGUGGACGCUCCUGCCACGUCAGCGCUGGCUGCCACCUCAGCAGCCAGAGCUCUGGCACCGAAGCCAGCUUCUGGCGAAGCAUCAGCAACAGCAGCAACGGCGCCAGGCGAACAGGAAAAGAGCACAGGGAAGGCAGCAGAUGGUGGUGUGGGAGCAGGAGGAGGAGGUGAAGGUGGUGAAACAGCAGCAGACUUGCCGAGUGGUGGUACUGGUGGAGUUGGGGCAGCAGCAGGAACGGCAGGGAAGGAGUUCAAGUCCAACGCUAAGGAGUUCAAGUCCAACGUCAAGGAGUUCAAGUUCAACCCCAACGCUAAGGAGUUCAAGUUCAACCCCAAUGCCAAGGUCUUCACACCCACCUUCGCCAUGCCCGCCGCUGCUCCUCCCCCUCUCCCCCCGCCCUUCAUUCCCGCCUACCCCUCCGCCCUCCCCCCUCAGCCCCGCCCAGACCACCCCUUCCCCUUUCAACCCCUCCCUGGCGCACCCCCCUCCGCCCCUGGCGCCCCCAUCCCCUUCCCCGCCCCUAUCUACCUCCCCACCCCUCUCCCUCCCCCCUCCCCCGCCCUGUCUUCCCCCAUCCCCCCUGCCAACGCCACUGGCGCCCCCACCCCUCCUGCUUCCGCGCUCCCACUCCCCCUACCCUCCCCCGGGUCCGUUCCCCCUGUGGGGCAAGCAGGGGCGGCAGGGCUUAUACCUAUCCCUGUUUCGUUGCCAGGUGGCAUGCCGCCAUUGGCUGUGGCGCCCCAGCCUAUGUACAUGCCGCCCCAGCAGCAGCAACAGCAGCAGCAGGCGUUGUUCUCUCAGCAAGGAUUCACAGGAGGGGGUAGUGGGGGGAAGGAAGGGGGAACGCAAGGGGAAGGCGGGAGUGAUGGUGGGGAGUUUGGGGGGAGUGGAGUGGGGGGGGGAAUGCAGGGGCAAGCAGCUUUCAUGCCCAUGCCACCCCAGGGCAUGCCGCCACAAGGCAUGCCAGGCCAAGGCAUGCCACCCCAAGGGAUGCUGCCGCCUGGAAUGCCGCCCGGCAUGCCCCCUCCCAUGCGCCCCUACCUCCCUGCACCGCACGGCGCCGGCCAGCCCAUGCCUGGAGGCGGCAUGGCGGGCGGCAUGGGCAGCAUGCCAAUGAUGUUCAGCCCGCAGGGGUUUCCCCAGCCCAUGAUGUAUGGGCAGCACGGGCAGCUCAUGUACAUGCCCAUGCCCCAGGUCCCUGGCUGUAGCACCCUAUUGAAGCUGCAUCCAUGCAGCUGUAUCUUCUCCCCGCCUUUUCCUAUUAAUAUUUCAACUCUCGCUCGCCUCAACACUCCUCUCGCUCGCCUCAACACUCCUCUCGCUCGCCUCAACACUCCUCUCGCUCGCCUCAACACUCCUCUCUCUCACCUCAACACUCCUCUCGCUCCCCUCAACACUCCUCUCGCUCUCCUCAAUACUCCUCUCGCUCGCCUCAACACUCCUCUCGCUCGCCUCAACACUCCUCUCUCUCGCCUCAACACUCCUCUCUCUCACCUCAACACUCCUCUCUCUCGCCUCAACACUCCUCUCGCUCGCCUCAACACUCCUCUCGCUCGCCUCUACGCUCCUCUCUCUCGACUCAACACUCCUCUCUCUCGCCUCAACACUCCUCUCUCUCACCUCAACACUCCUCUCUCUCACCUCAACACUCCUCUCUCUCACCUUGAACACUAUGUUGGAAAAAACGCUCGGGCUUCUACGCGUAUCACCUUUAACACUCCUCUCUCUCACCUCAACACUCCUCUCUCUCACCUCAACACUCCUCUCUCUCACCUCAACACUCCUCUCUCUCACCUCAACACUCCUCUCUCUCACCUCAACACUCCUCUCUCUCGCCUCAACACUCCUCUAUCGCUCUUACUUCUCUCUUUCCUCCAGUUGCCCUUCGCCAUUCCUUCGUGUGGUAGCAUCCCUGGUGCACGAAUCUGUCUUGAAAUUCUUACCAAUACCAAAAAAUCAGUGUGA